UACGGAGCGGGAAGCCGAGCGCGGGGUGCCCAGCCCUCCCAGGCGUGGGGCCCGCAGCGCCAGCUCUGAGUCUUGGAAUAGUCGCCGGGUUCCCGCGCGGUCCUCCCGAGCCCUCGAGGUGGCCGGUGUGCAGCGUCCUGGCGAUAGCAUACCCGAAGAUGCAGGAUGGCUGCGCGACCGCCUGUCAACCUCUCCUACCGCACCACGGGUUCCACCUGCCUGCACCCGCUCAGCCAGCUCCUCGGCAUCCCGCUAGACCAGGUUAACUUUGUGGCUUGCCAGCUCUUUGCCUUGUCUGCUGCUUUCUGGUUUAGAAUUUACUUACAUCCCGGCAAAGCUAGCCCUGAGGUCCGUCAUGCAUUGGCCACCAUUUUGGGCAUUUAUUUUGUUGUGUUUUGUUUUGGCUGGUAUGCUGUACAUCUCUUUGUACUGGUGUUGAUGUGUUAUGGAGUCAUGGUCACUGCAGGUGUAUCCAAUAUUCACAGGUAUUCCUUUUUUGUAGCAAUGGGCUACCUCACGAUAUGCCACAUCAGCCGAAUAUACAUCUUCCACUAUGGGAUUCUCACCACAGAUUUUUCGGGGCCUCUGAUGAUUGUCACUCAGAAGAUCACAACCUUGGCUUUCCAAAUUCACGAUGGAUUAGGUCGAAAAGCUGAAGAUCUUUCUGCUGAGCAACACCGACUUGCCGUGAAGGUGAAGCCCUCGCUUUUGGAAUACUUAAGCUACCAUCUCAACUUUAUGAGUGUCAUAGCCGGCCCUUGUAACAACUUCAAGGACUAUACAGCCUUCAUUGAGGGGAGACAUAUACAUAUGAAGUUGCUAGAAGUGAACUGGAAGCAAAGAGGCUUCCACAGUUUGCCAGAACCUUCCCCCACGGGAGCUGUGAUACAGAAGUUGUGCAUGACCUUGAUGUCUCUCCUGUUGUUUUUGACACUCUCAAAGUCCUUUCCUGUCACCUUCCUUACUGAUGACUGGUUUGUACAUAAGGCCAACUUUCUGAGUCGACUCUGGUACUUAUAUGUCGUCAUGCAAGCUGCAAAGCCCAAGUAUUACUUUGCAUGGACAUUAGCGGAUGCGGUGCACAAUGCAGCUGGCUUUGGGUUCAGCGGUAUGGAUGAGGACGGGCAUUUCUGUUGGGAUCUGGUAUCUAACCUGAACAUCUGGAAGAUUGAGACUGCUACGAGUUUCAAAAUGUACUUAGAAAACUGGAAUAUUCAGACAUCUACUUGGCUGAAAUGUGUGUGCUAUGAGCGGGUUCCCUGGUACCCUACCGUGUUCACCUUUGUCCUGUCUGCUCUGUGGCAUGGCAUUUACCCUGGAUACUACUUUACAUUCUUAACUGGAGUCCCUGUCACAUUGGCAGCAAGAGCGGUGAGGAACAACUACAGACAUCACUUCCUUUCUUCCAAAGCUCGAAAGGUUGCUUAUGACGUGGUUACCUGGGCCGCCACUCAGUUGGCUGUCUCUUACACAGCAGCGCCCUUUGUCAUGUUGGCCGUUGAGCCAACCAUCAGUUUAUACAAGUCUAUGUUCUUUUUCUUACACAUCGCAAGUCUGCUGAUAAUCCUUUUCCUGCCAAUCAAACCACGCCAGCCUCAAAGUGCAAAUUGUAUAAAGAAGAAGGUGGAUUGAUGCCCACAGAGGGAAGCUGAACAAGAGAAUUGCAGGACAUUGGGAAGACACAAUAGACAGGCUUGAGGGUUCUCCAGUGACUUAAAGGAGAUGUUUACAAAUGUUCUUUUUUCAAUGCAGGGAAUAUUUUUAUGUCUUUUUUUUUUUUUGUACAGUUAAAAAUCGCCAUUUUUAGGUUUGUCUUCAUAUUUUACAGGGCCUUUCAGUGACACAGUGUAGAGAACAAGCCACUGGGUCAGCUCUUCUGAAAUCAUUUUCAUCUGUUGAAAUCUGGAUGCUUGGAUCCAGGCAUUGCCUCCAGUACUUAGGAGGUAUCUGCUGAGACGACUUGUCCUAGAUUUCUGAAACCAGAACAUUCCCAGUCAUGAUUUUCCCUGGCAACUCUGGACCUUUG